AUGGAGCAUUCACUAGGCCCUGCUUGUCGCCUUCGACCAACGCCGGACGCGGACACAGAUAAGGAAGAUGGAAUCCCCUCUGUCAAAGCUCAGUUCUUUUACACGGCUGUAUAUCCCAUCGACGACCCGCUGUCUGGUACUAUUCCCUCCGGCGGCGCGGACUCUAAGCCUUCCAAAGGGCCGCUUCGCCCAUUCUCCCAAGACGACAAUGACAUGCUACAGCAGGCGUGGCUUGGCCUCAUGUCAGAGAGCCAUCGUACCCAACACGAUGCCAUCCGAAACGGUCGAGAGCUUGACCCAUACGCUGCGAAGUCCGACACGGAAAGGCGCGACCAAAUCAUCCAGGAGCUAGCCUCGAAGCAUAUACGCAUCCAUAGUGAUAUCCAGAUACAGAGAUCAACGACUCAAGCUCCCGAGGCACUCCCAGAAACUCUACUCACCGCCUGUUGCCCUCAACUUGCCAUCGACGCCCUAGCAGAGCUUGAUACGGCAUUUUGCGCUUUGGUGAGGAAGACAAACCCGCUAUUCGAUGUCGAUGAGGUGGUCAAGGAUGUUAUUUCUGUCAUGAGCCAGCCCCAUGAGCUUCGAAGUAUCCCAAACAAGGGCCGUCAUCGUAGAACCGCUGGAUAUGUUACUACUAGUGAUGAUGGCAUUUCUGGCCGACCGUUUGUGCGUGUAUUGAGUAGUGAACAUGUACAGCCGAUUACGACGGCAAAGCAACAGCGUAGCGAUGAGCCAGAUGCUGUUCCGAAUCUCGAGGACGAGGAUAAGGAUGUCGUAGUUGGACUGGCCCGAUUGCACAAGGUGUCAUUGCAAACGCUGCAAAUGAAACCAAUAUAUUGGUCCCCGGUUAACGAUGUUGCUAUUGUGACGAGAGGUACCUGGUUUUACAAAGAUACGAUGCUGCCAGUUUCACCGGUUGUUGCCAAUCAGCUGGAAGCUGGGUACCAGGAACUUCGUCCUUGGUCCGAAACCUGGCGUGACGAAUUACGAUGUGCUAUUGAAGUUGGGGCAUCGGGGGAAGAAAAGGUUUCUUAUCGUCUUUGGCCAAUGGAAGGCGAUGGAGCAUACAGAAACACCCCUGUACCAACCGAGCCUGUGAUUUCUGCGCAUCCCUUUUGUUCUGCAUAUUGCUUUCAAGGCGAAGCUGCGACAGAAGGCCACACCGAGCCGCACCCAGCAGAUGACGGCGCUUCCGAACAUGUCCAGCAGCGCCCCUACUCUAGCUACAAUGUCAUAUACAAAGAUCGAACCAAUGCCUUUCUAAUAAAGCCAAGCCUCCAACCAUCUGCCUACUACGGCAGACGGCCUAUCCAGAAGAUUAUGAAGGGAACGACAGUUGGCAUUCCUGUUGUUCGAGGAUUCGAUAGACUGAGCUGGGAGCGUAUGCAUCGUGGGAAAAAGUCACCGCCCAAAAAGUCUACGUCUCAUGGCCUCUCUAGUUCCAGUACAUUAGAACUCUGCCCUGCUUGCGAGGCGGAUAAAGAUCGCAGCAAAGUGACAGACUUGGUGCUGGUAGCUCACGGAAUUGGCCAAAAGAUAGCUGAGAGAGUUGAGAGUUACCACUUCACGCAUGCUGUCAAUGGAUUUCGGCGAUUAGUUGACAGCGAGUUUCAGAGUCCUGUGGUGCAGGAGAUUCUACACAACAGCCAGAGCAGGCUCAUGGUUCUGCCACUCAACUGGAGAAUUGGACUGUCGUUUGAAGAUGGCGGAGCUCUGCAGACGGGAAUGGAGGCGAAUAACUCGGGUGCCGCUCAGCCUUUCGGCCUGAAGGACAUCGAGCCCAACACUAUCCCCGCCAUACGGAGCAUGAUAUCCGAUGUCAUGUUCGAUAUACCCUUCUACAUGUCCCACCAUAAGGGAAAGAUGAUUGCUGCUUUGGUGUCAGAGGCGAACCGAGUCUACCGUCUUUGGUGUAGGAACAACCCCGGAUUUGCUGAGAAUGGACGUGUCCAUCUGGUUGCACACUCCCUCGGCAGUGUCAUGGCGGUUGAAGUCCUAUCAAGACAGCCAACGGUUGCACCACUGUUGGACCUGUCUCGGCCGGAGCCAGAAACCAAGUUCUUCGAGUUCGAUACGAGGAAUCUCUUCCUGAUGGGAAGCCCUACCGGAUUCUUCUUGCUACUUGAAAGAGGAGCUCUUACGCCACGACGUGGACGCGUCAAACCUGGUGUAGAUGCGAGCGAUGCCACGGACGAAAACAUCGGCGGCGAGGUGGGCAUGUUUGGAUGUUUGGCUGUUGAUAACAUUUACAACAUCCUUGCCAAGGAAGAUCCGAUUGCCUACUUGCUCAACGGCGCAGUCGAUCCAACAUAUGCUGCCAGCCUUAAAACUGCAUAUGUUCCUACCGUUUCAGCUUCAUUUCUAAAGUCCUUUGGCGAUGCCAUGCGAACAGUUGCUAAAGGCAUGGGCGCCAAUCCCAGCUCAUCGACGACUGACGAUGGCCGUCCGUCUACCGUUCGACUGCCGUCGCAGUUGGAGCUUGAAGUCCAUGAUUUCACGAGAGAGGAAAUUGCCGAGAAGAAGGCGUUUCUUCUGAAUGACAAUGGCCAGAUCGACUGGUUUCUCCGAUCUGGCGGCGGUCCGUUGGAGAUUCAGUAUCUUAACAUGCUGAGCGCUCAUAGUUGUUACUGGAGUAACACGGACUUUAUUCGCAUGCUGUGCUAUGAGAUUGGUAGGCGGCCUGGUCGGAUGAAUACGCUGCCUGCGAUGAGGGCUGUCAAGUCUUCCAGGCGCCAGAUACCCAUUGCUAGCUAA